AUGGACCAGCCAUCUCCCGCCGAGGACUACUAUAACCUAGGUGAAUACCGUCGCAAUGUGAGCACAACGAACGAAACUGCUCAACUCUGGUUCAGUCGGGGCUUGAUCUGGGCCUACGCCUUCAAUCACGAAGAAUCCGCCCGAUGUUUCGAAAAGGUCGUCGAAUUUGACCCGGCAUGCGCCAUGGGAUACUGGGGCAUUGCCCUUGCCCUGGGACCCAACUAUAACAAGCCAUGGCAGCUCUUUGACGGAGAAGAUCUUUCCGCUACGACGACUCGUGCCCAUCACGCGAUCCUGGAGGCGAAGAAACACGCUCCCGCCGUGACACCAUUGGAGAAUGCUCUUAUUGACGCACUGCAGCACCGAUACCCGCAAGAACAGCCCAUAGAAGACUGCACAAAAUGGGACAAGAACUAUGCCGAGGCAAUGACAUCAGUGUACAAUGAUUACCCGGAUGACCUCGACGUGACCGCGCUGUACUGCGACGCGCUGAUGAACCUAACUCCAUGGGGUCUGUGGGACGUGAAAACAGGCGAAGCCGCACCAGGGGCAAAAACAUUCGAAACGAAAGAAGCGCUAGAUCGAGUCUUGGAACGAGACGAAGCCCUCGAUCAUCCUGGUAUUUUGCAUCUCUACAUCCAUCUGAUGGAAAUGUCCCCUACGCCUGAAAUCGCCCUGCCGGUAGCGGAGUACCUCCGCGGCCUUGUGCCCGAUGCUGGUCAUCUGGAGCACAUGCCCUCCCACAUCGAUGUCUUGUGUGGCGAGUACAAACGCGCAGUCGCGGCUAAUACCUCUGCGAUCCGUGCGGACGAGAAAUUCCUCGCCAACCAGCCCCUCGGCCAUUUCUAUAAUCUCUACCGUGCACAUGAUUAUCAUUUCAGGAUGUAUGCUGCGAUGUUGGGCGGUCGAUCGAAGGUCGCGCUUCAGUCUGGGGCCGAGCUUGCGCGGAUAAUCACGGAGCCUCUUCUACGUGUUGAGUCUCCGCCGAUGGCGGAUUGGUUGGAGGGCUUUGUCGCUAUGCAAAUGCAUGGAUUUGUGCGUUUCGGUCGGUGGGAGGAUAUCAUUGCUGCAGAGUUGCCGGAAGAUGCAGAGCUGUACUGCGUCACCACUGCGAUGAUGCACUAUGCAAAGGGGGUCGCAUUCGCUGCUACCAGCCGUGUUUUGGAAGCAGAGGCAGAGCGGGAACUGUUUCUGCAGGCACUGAAGCGUGUCCCGGAUUCGCGGACGAUGUUCAAUAACCGCUGUGUCGACAUCCUGCGUGUUGGUGAGGCGAUGUUGGAUGGCGAGAUUGCGUAUCGCCGUGGCGAAUACAAUGCUGCGUUUUCAUAUCUCCGGGAUGCUGUUAAGAGGGAUGAUGCGUUGCCAUAUGAUGAGCCGUGGGGGUGGAUGCAGCCGACUAGACACGCGUUGGGAGCGUUGCUGCUAGAACAAAAUCGCAUUGAGGAGGCUGCGGCUGUAUAUUCUGCGGACCUUGGGGUUGACACAUCUUUGCCUCGUGCUUUGAGGCAUCCGGGUAAUGUAUGGGCCUCGCAUGGGUAUCAUGAGUGUUUGGUCAAGUUGGGCCGGAAAUAUGAGGCGCGUGCUAUGUUGCCGCAACUGAAGAUUAAUUUAGCUUGGGCGGAUGUGCCUAUCAAAUCGUCAUGUUUCUGUCGGCAGAUCACUGAGUGA